CCUUCCCUCUCUUCCCCCUCUCUCUCUCUCCAUCCUCACCACACCUCUCCCUCUCUUCCCUCUAUCCUCUCUAUUCCUCCGCCCCUCCAUAUCCCACGAUGCCUUGCCCCAGGCCACUGCGCUAGGCCCCAGCAGUAUGGGCAGAGCCUGGGAGGGGAGAGAGAGCUCUGAUUGGUCCAGGUCGGAUCCCCCUUCCUUUGCUUUCAAUGGGGGAGGACACCGAGAGCUCCAAAGUCAACCACAGCUUCCUGCGAGACUACGUCACCGAAGCUGAUGUAAUCUCUACAGUGGAGUUCAACCACACAGGAGAUCUGCUGGCUACGGGGGACAAGGGAGGCAGAGUCGUCGUCUUCCAGAGAGAGACCGUGGUUGGUCACAAGCCUAAAGGGGAGUUGGUUCAGGUGGGGGAGACGGGUGAGUCGGGGGAGUAUAAUGUGUACAGUACCUUCCAGAGCCACGAGCCUGACUUUGACUACCUGAAGAGUCUGGAGAUCGAGGAGAAGAUCAACAAGAUACGAUGGCUGCCUCAACAGAACGCCGCCCACUUCCUGCUCUCCACCAACGAUAAGACCAUCAAGCUGUGGAAGGUGAGUGAGCGAGACAAGCAACCGGAGGGCUACAACCUGAAAGAUGAGGAGGGCAGGGUGAAGGAUAUCUCUACAGUCACAUCACUACAGGUUCCUGUGUUGAGACCUACAGACCUGAUGGUGGAGGUACGUCCUAGGAGGGUGUUCUCCAAUGGGCAUACCUACCAUGUUAACUCCAUAUCGGUCAACAGUGACGGAGAGACCUACCUGUCAGCUGAUGACCUGAGGAUCAACAUGUGGCAUCUGGGGAUCACAGACCGCAGCUUCAACAUAGUGGACAUCAAGCCAGCCAACAUGGAGGAGCUAACAGAGGUGAUAACAGCAGCAGAGUUUCAUCCUCACCACUGUCACCUGUUUGUCUACAGUAGCAGUAAAGGAUCUCUACGUCUCUGUGACAUGAGGGCCUCGGCACUUUGCGACAAACACACCAAACUCUUUGAGGAACCAGAGGACCCAGGAAGUCGUUCAUUCUUCUCUGAGAUCGUGUCGUCGGUGUCGGAUGUGAAGUUCAGUCACAACGGGCGGUACCUGCUGACCAGGGAUUACCUGACGGCCAAGGUGUGGGACUUACACAUGGAGAAAGGCCCCGUCGAAACCUACCAGGUUCAUGACUACCUGAGGACUAAGCUGUGCUCUCUGUACGAGAACGACUGUAUAUUUGACAAGUUCGAGUGUGUCUGGAACAGCUCCGACAGUGUGAUAAUGACUGGGGCGUACAACAGCUUCUUCCGGAUGUUUGACAGGGAGACGGGGCGGGGCGUGACCCUGGAGGCGUGGCGAGAGACCAGUAAGCCGCGAGCUGUACUGCGGACGCGACGGAUCUACACCGGGGGCAAGCGUCGUCGCGGCGACGUGGGGGUGGACAGUCUGGACUUCACUAAGAAGAUCCUCCACAUGGCCUGGCACCCCGAGGAGAACAUCAUCGCCAUAGCCUCCACCAACAACCUCUACAUCUUCCAAGACCGGGUCAGCCCCGAUACACAGGGUCCAGACCUGGGUACAAAUACCAUUUAGCACCGGGUCAGCCCCGACACACAGGGUCCAGACCUGGGUUCAAAUACCAUUUAGCACCGGGUCAGCCCCAACACACAGGGUCCAGACCUGGGUUCAAAUACCAUUUAGCACCGGGUCAGCCCCGACACACAGGGUUCAGACCUGGGUUCAAAUACCAUUUAGCACCGGGUCAGCCCCGACACACAGGGUUCAGACCUGGGUUCAAAUACCAUUUAGCACUGGGUCAGCCCCGACACACAGGGUUCAGACCUGGGUUCAAAUACCAUUUAGCACCAGGUCAGCCCCGACACACAGGGUUUAGACCUGGGUUCAAAUACCAUUUAGCACCAGGUCACCCCCAUUUAGGUCCACACACAGACACAGAAACAGGAUUGAGAAGUAGUCGUUAAACGCAUGUGCACACACACACACACACACAAACCCUAAACACACACACAUUGAUUGUUGGACACAAAUUGAAAGGAAAUAACAAAAACAUCAGAGACUAGUCCCUCCAUGGAAUGAGUUGGACAGGCCUGAGAUCAGUCUGUAAGGGGAAUGAGUUGGACAGGCCUGAGAUCAGUCUGUAAGGGGAAUGAGUUGGACAGGCCUGAGAUCAGUCUAUAAGAUGAAUGAGUUGGACAGGCCUGAGAUCAGUCUAAAAGGGCAAUUAGUUGGACAGGCCUGAGUUUGCUAUCUAAGGUGUCUGAAGACAGAGGAAGGUGGUGUGUGUGUGUGUGUGUGUGUGUGUGUGUGUGUGUGUGUGUGUGUGAGUGUGUGUGUGUAUGUGUCCCAGACCGCAGUGACCCAGUGUGUGGAUCCAAUCCCUGUUUAUAUUGUUAUUUUAGUCAACAGCACGUCACUAGACGUCCCGUUUAACGGAUUCCCUUUAUGAUCACAACACCUCAGCACACCUGGAUACACAGGACACCUUUACACACACCUGGUGAGAGUGGACACUUCUGGACACCUUUACACACAGCUGGUGAGAGUGGACACUUCUGGACACCUUUACACACACCUGAUGAGAGUGGACAACUGACUCAUCUAGACACCUGGUGACUCAUCUGGAUUAAUCUAGACACCUGGUGACACCUGGACACAUCUAGACACCUGGUGACCCAUCUGGAUUAAUCUAGACACCUGGUGACCCAUCUGGAUUAAUCUAGACACCUGGUGACUCAUCUAGACAACUGGUGACCCAUCUGGAUUAAUCUAGACACCUGAUGACUCAUCUGGACACAUCUAGACACCUGGUGACACAUCUGGACCCAUCUGGACACCUGGUGACUCAUCUGGAUUAAUCUAGACACCUGGUGACCCAUCUGGAUUAAUCUAGACACCUGGUGACCCAUCUGGAUUAAUCUAGACACCUGGUGACCCAUCUGGAUUAAUCUAGACACCUGAUGACUCAUGUGGACACAACUAGACACCUGGUGACACAUCUGGACCCAUCUAGACACCUGGUGACUCAUCUGGAUUAAUCUAGACACCUGGUGACCCAUCUGGAUUAAUCUAGACACCUGGUGACCCAUCUGGACACAUCUAGACACCUGGUGACCCAUCUAAAUUAAUCUAGACACCUGGUGACCCAUCUGGAUUAAUCUAGACACCUGGUGACUCAUCUAGACACCUGGUGACGCAUCUGGAUUAAUCUAGACACCUGAUGACUCAUCUGGAUUAAUCUAGACACCUGGUGACCCAUCUGGAUUAAUCUAGAUACCUGGUGACCCAUCUGGACACAUCUAGACACCUGGUGACCCAUCUGGAUUAAUCUAGACACCUGGUGACCCAUCUGGAUUAAUCUAGACACCUGGUGACUCAUCUAGACACCUGGUGACCCAUCUGGAUUAAUCUAGACACCUGGUAACUCAUCUAGACACCUGUUGACCCAUCUGGAUUAAUCUAGACACCUGGUGACACCUGGACACUCCUGGACAAGCUGAUCCUAGAUCUGUGCCUAAGAGCAACUUCUACCCCAAGCUACUAAAUCACUUAUGCUUCCAUCCAUCCACUCAUACAGGCCCAAAUUGACCUUUUUUUCCCUAUAUAGUGCACUACUUUUGACAUGGGACCAUAAGGCUCUGGUCAGAAGUAGUGCCCUAUAAAGGGAAUACUAGGUUGAUCGUAUUCUCAUGUCUGUCUGUCUGUCUGUCUGUCUGUCUGUCUGUCUGUCUAUGUCUGUCUGUAACCUAGUUAUCUCAGUGGUCAACCCUUACAUAGAGUCAUAGCUAUGUAGUGAGACUAUGCAGGAUUUUGUUCCUGACUACCACCAACACACUUUGAAUAUAGCUAAUCAAGUGGGUUAGUGCAGGGCUGGAACUAAAGCCUGCACAGCUUGUAAUGAUGGUCUUCUAGGGUUGGUGGCCACUGGUAUAAAGGGGCAAUCUGGGACUGAUGGUCUUCUAGGGUUGGUGGCCACUGGUAUAAAGGGGCAAUCUGGGACUGAUGGUCUUCUAGGGUUGGUGGCCACUGGUUUAAAGGGGCAAUCUGGGACUGAUGCUCGUCCGGGGUUGGUGGCCACUGGUAUAAAGGGGCAAUCUGGGACUGAUGCUCGUCCGGGGUUGGUGGCCACUGGUAUAAAGGGGCAAUCUGGGACUGAUGGUCUUCUAGGGUUGGUGGCCACUGGUAUAAAGGGGCGAUCUGGGACUGAUGCACUUCUAGGGUUGGUGGUCACUGGUUUAAAGGGGCAAUCUGGGUCUGAUGCUCUUCUAGGGUUGGUGGCCACUGGUUUAAAGGGGCAAUCUGGGACUGAUGCACUUCUAGGGUUGGUGGCCACUGGUUUAAAGGGGCAAUCUGGGACUGAUGCUCGUCCGGGGUUGGUGGCCACUGGUAUAAAGGGGCAAUCUGGGACUGAUGCUCGUCCGGGGUUGGUGGCCACUGGUAUAAAGGGGCAAUCUGGGACUGAUGGUCUUCUAGGGUUGGUGGCCACUGGUAUAAAGGGGCGAUCUGGGACUGAUGGUCUUCUAGGGUUGGUGGCUACUGGUAUAAAGGGGCAAUCUGGGACUGAUGGUCUUCUAGGGUUGGUGGCCACUGGUUUAAAAGGGCAAUCUGGGACUGAUGCACUUCUAGGGUUGGUGGCCACUGGUUUAAAGGAGCAAUCUGUAGUUCCGCCACAUCACACCGCUUGAGUUCCCUCUCUCCUCCAAUCAUACACAGUAGCGUAGUGACGUCAGCGCGGCAACCUCACGGCUAACCAAUCAGUAAGAGUGUUGCUGCGCUGUGGUUAGGACCAUUGCAACAGUAGCAUGUUAUCCAGUGUUACUGUCGUUGUAUAUCUAUCAUACCUGUAUAACUAACAGUUAUCUGAACACCUCCAAAAUGAACACUUGAUGAAGGAAUGUGUAUAACAAAAUAAAUUAAAUAAUAUGAAUCUGA